UCUAACAACUGUCCUCUCAAUCAGCGUACCAACUGCGGCUUCAACAUCAAUGUCGUGGUGAAGAAUAUAUCCGUCACAUUUGAACCAACGUUCCAAGCGUUCGUGGGUACGCUGUCGAUGCUGCUGAAUUCUCUUUACGAUUCUACGACUACGUUACCACGCGCAGAGGUAAAGCUGGAGUUGGUUCCUGGGGUUCCGUCCGACGUUCAUUCGGCCGAAUUGCUGAAACCGACGAUUUCUUCGGAGCUUCUCGACCAGCACACGGACACUAUAGCAAAUUUAAUCGAGCGCUACAGAACCGAUGCGGAGUUGCAACUGCGCGAGUUCGAUAAGUAUCUGGGCUUGAUAAAAAACGAGGAUGCUAAUUACGUCAUGAACUUUUUGAAAGCCCAGCCGCCUAAUCCGUUUGAGAAACACUGCGAACUCAUCGAUUAUUACGACCAAUUGAGCAAGAAUGUCCCGCUGGAAUUUCACCGAACGUUUUUCACCGACCUCUUCGUGGUUCGUCGGCAGCAUAUUAUAGAACACAUUGCCGCUACGGCUGACCAUCUCAAAGGCGAAUUAAUUUCGAAAAUGAUUGCGGAUUACCAGCAGAUGGUCCGAACCAUAGGAGAUGAGUAUCAGAAUAUCGCGGACCAGGCUUUAAGUACACCGCCCAAUGUAUCAGAGCUCGUGACACUGCAAGAAUUUAUACGUAAAUCUAAGACCAAGACAAUUAUCGAAUUGGAGGGUAAACUGAGAGAGGUGAUGAAGUAUAUACUAUUUUUAUCGGAUUAUAUACACUUGACGCCGGUCGAGAUAAAAAACAAUAACUACGCUUUUCAUUGGCCCUUUCAAUUACCUGAAAUCUUUGAAGAGCAUCGGAAGAUGGUCGCAAGUAAAACAGAAGAAUACCAGACAUUACUCAGGGUCAAAAUCGAGAAAUUUGAGCAGGAUCUCGGGAUUUACGCGAAGCAUUGCGACGAGUUGCAAUAUUGGGGCAACAUUGAGGAGAUACGACGAUAUAAAAAGAAAGCCACAAGUCUCGAUAACAAGCUAAUUGCCGCGAUGGACACGAUCGACGAAUUUAAUGAAGAGGAGAAAUUGUUCGGCUGGGAGCUAUCACAGUAUCCUUUGAGGAAGAAGGUGGCCGAUAAAUUGCUACCCUACAAAAAACUUUACGACACCGCCUGCGAGUUCAUGAGCAACCACGAGAUGUGGACUGAAGCUGUCGUGGGCGCAUACGACCCUGAAGUGAUCGACACCGAGACCAGUAACGCGUAUCGCAUCGUGUACAAGCUGGAGAAAACUUUCCAGGAGCCCAUAGUGAGGAAACUGGCGGAAGUCGUGAGGACGAAUAUCGAGGAGUUCAAGGAACACAUGCCAGUGAUACUGACUCUUGGCAACCCUCAUCUGAAGAGUCGCCAUUGGGAACAAAUCUCAGAGAUUGUCGGGUUUCCCAUAGUAGUCGAUCAAUACAUGACGUUGGCUAAGAUUCUCGACUACGGUCUAGACGAUUACGUGGCAAAAUUCGAAACUAUAUCCGAGGCGGCUAGCAAAGAGGGCCACUUGGAAACGUCGUUGUACAAGAUGUACUCCGACUGGACGGACAUAGAGUUCACCGUCAAUUCGUAUCGCGACACCGGCACGUAUGUCAUCGCUAGUGUGGAUGAGAUACAGCUGUUGCUCGACGAUCAUCUGAUGAAAACGCAGACCAUGAAGAAUUCCCUCUACAUCAAGCCGUUCGAGAAGGAGACUCUGGAAUGGGAAGCUAAGCUGCUCUUGCUGCAAGAUAUCAUGGAUUACUGGCUGAAAGUUCAGGGAACGUGGAUGUAUCUCGAGCCGAUUUUCUCAUCACCCGACAUCCAGCAACAGAUGCCGGAGGAGAGUCGACGAUUCAGCGCCGUAGACAAGGCUCGUUAUCAUUACGAAUGCAAGCUAAAUUGUACCGCUGAUUGUAGCGAGCAAAAUCUAAAAUGUGCACGUGAAACAGAUCUGGCG